GUAUAUACGCUCUUAAUUCAGGUUGCUAGCUUUUGCCCAGUUUUUAAUAAGUAAUUAUAAGAAACUGAGCAUGAAUUCAAAGUUGCUUCUGCUGUUUUGCUUGGCGUUAUGGGGAACUGUACAAGUUGACGCAUAUUUUACAAACUUGGGUGUCUGUACUGCGGUACCCGUACGCCAAAGAAGAGACUGCGGUACACCAGGUAUAUCAUGGGAUCAAUGCGAAAGAAGCAGGAAUCCAUUGACCGGGACACGAUGUUGCUACGAUGAUAGAUACGAUGGCGUAAGCUGGUGUUUUUAUGGUCAGCAACCCGUAACAACAACAACAAGAGCUACAACAACAACCAGACCUGUUGUACGACCAGUUUUCCCAACAACAAGACCGAACCUCGUGAACGGCAUAGUAACUGCUGAUCUGCUUGGCAAUACAAACAAUAUUCAAGGAACGAUUCUUCCGCCAGUCUCAAGAACGACUCCACCGAGCCCGAAUAACAUUUUCUCACAUCUAGGAAUUAGUGUUGGGGGACCAGCACCAGUAACCCCCAGAACGAAUCCCGUUCUCCCGCUUACCGUCCGACCCCUUACCGCCGCUACAAGGCCUCCUGCAGGGGCAACCACAGCGCGGCCUGCGGCGACCAGCAAUAACUUAAGCAACUUAUUACAAACUCUUGGAAUAAGCACGAACAAUGUACCAGGCGUACCAGAACAAGUCAGACCAGGAACUGGUGCACUGGGGACUAACAUCGCAGCUGCCCGACCACCGACUCGUGCCCCAGCAGUGGACUUACGGGGUGUUGAUACAGCAGUUGCAAUAUGUUCUCUGACAGGAAGCCAAGCGACUUUAGCACAGACUGCCGCCGCGUAUGUGCCUUCGGUACAAAGAGCACUUGAUCGUUGUGGUAAUAUAACGGGGCAAGUUUCACAAGUAAUUGCACAAGCUGUGUUAAAACGAGAAAUCGAUGCCCAGGUAGCCUCUGUUACGGGACAAGUCGCAGCCACACAAAGACCUAGACUGCCAGCAGCAACAAACCCUGGAUUGGGAGCCAAUAAUGCUCUACUGACAUCUCUGCUGAGUAAUAAUAAUAAUAACAACGCUUUAAGCGGACUUCUUGGGAACACUGGAACCAAUAACGCUUUGUCAAGUUUACUCGGAAACACUGGAACCAAUAACGCUUUGUCAAGUUUACUCGGAAACACUGGAACCAAUAACGCUUUGUCAAGUUUACUCGGAAACACUGGAAACAAUAAUGCUUUGUCAAGUUUGCUCGGAAACACUGGAAGCAAUAACGCUUUGUCAAGUUUACUCGGAAACACUGGAAGCAAUAACGCUUUGUCAAGUUUACUCGGAAACACUGGAAGCAAUAACGCUUUGUCAAGUUUACUCGGAAACACUGGAAGCAAUAACGCUUUGUCCAGUUUACUCGGAAACACUGGAAGCAAUAACGCUUUGUCAAGUUUACUCGGAAACACUGGAAGCAAUAAUGCCUUGUCAAGUUUACUCGGAAACACUGGAAGCAAUAAUGCUUUGUCAAGUUUACUCGGAAACACUGGCACCAACAAUGCAUUGGGUGGACUUCUCGGUAACACUGGCGGUAAUAACAACAACGCACUCCUCAGCAUGUUGUUAAGCCAGUCGCUCAGGCCUCAAACAACCAGGCCAACCGCACCCACAAUCGUUGGACCACAAGUGCCAAAUUUUGUUGGUGCUACGCCCGCUGCUCCAACUUCAAACCCAGUGGUUUGCCAACUACUCCUCGGAAACACGGGCACGACAUCCAGUUCUACUGUUAACACUGUCAUACGAACACAGAUGCUACUUCAAAAUGGCUGUCUUCAGUCUAUUUUCAGCAACCCACUUCUUCUCUUGUCAGGUGGGGGUCUCAGUUCAAUACAAAACAUUCUUAACCCAAUCCUGGGAAUUACAACAUCAACCAACACUCAGUCGUCACAAGGGGAGUCGUCAGGAUCCUUAGACCCAGCGCUCAUUCCGUCCAACAUUCUUACCGACUGUUUGAACCGAAGAAAUGAAUUCAACGCGCAGUACAAUUGCAAAACAGGAAUCCACGUUAACAUACGAACGGCGCAGGAGUGCUACAACAUCGGGUGCGUGUUUGCAUCUGGGGGGAUGUGUUUUAGAUGUCCACUGAUCAAAACAAGCUCACAAGUUAACCAAAUCCCACAAAGAACCUGCAGUGUGGAUACAGCCAACCGACAAGCAUGUCCUGGGUUUUCACAAUUCCAACUUUUGAACACGUUUCUUCCUGGUAUACAAGGACGAAAUGCAGCAGGAGGUACAUCGACCAACACUGGUACUUCUACUGGUAACACUGGUAGUAACGCUGGCCAAACAAAUGUCGCCAGCAAUGGACUUGGAUCCAGAGCAGCUGUGACUCGACAACUAUCAAGCGCGAAUCUUCUAGGCUUGGGAGGUCUUGGUGGCUUAGGGAAUCUUGGUGCCUUGGGAGGCCUUGGCGGCUUGACUGGCAACACUGGCCUAGGUGGUCUUGGUGGCCUCGGAGGUCUUGGAGGAUUGCCUGGUCUUGGUGGUGCAUCGGGUGGUGUGAACAACCUUAUCCUGAAAGGCAACUGCGAGUCUAGAGGCUGCUGUUGGGAUUCAAGCAAUGUUUUCUUCAGUGUGAACUCCAAUAAUUGUUACCAAAAAGCCUACCCCAGCAUUACUGACAGUAACCUUGAUUGCUACAGUUCACUCACAACAUGCGGCGCAUCAGACGUGGGAGUUCUUGCACGAGUUAUUAGUGGUACUCCUGCUAUUAGCAACACCAACAGACCAUGGCAGGUUAUUGUAAGAGCCGCAGGUUCAAACGUAGUUAGAUGCAGUGGAACCAUCAUUUGCUCGCAAUGGAUUCUUACAUCAGCAUCUUGCCUUGGUAGAAUAAGAGACGUGUCCCUUACUUUAGGAUAUGCAGUCGAUACUUCUGUAAACUCAAUCGAAGUAAUCACCUCAACUAUAGAUCCUGUGAACCCAUUGACCACUGGCCGAAGACUGACUGUGAGCAGAAUCGUAUCCCACCCACUGUACACUGUCACUCAAAACUAUCACGACCUUGCAUUACUUCAAGUGCCUACAUUGACCUUUGGUGCAACAGUGAAACCAGUAUGUGUUCCACCUUUUGCUUCGUCAUCAGUUUCAGAAAACACAAACGUCUACGUUGCAGGCUAUGGACGGGCAUCAGCUACCAUCCAGCAAGCGCCAUUACAAGAAAUCAAGCUCUCGGUUAUUUCAAAGUCGGCAUGUGAAGCGAUAUACAGAACCAGUUUACCAGUAUCCGGAGUUUUCUGCGCCAAUCCGGUUACCGCUGGUCAAGAUACAUGUGACGGCGACGGAGGAAGUCCAGCUUUAACAUUCGACUCCACUACUAGCAAAUUUACCCUCGUUGGCGUGAACUUUGCUGGUUCUGACGACUGUAGCGGUUCACGGCCUAUGGUUUUCGUUGACGUCGCAGAAUACAGAGAAUGGAUUCGAAAAACAACGAAUGGAUGUUGCAGCGUGGUCGGUUCCAGACUGGGCAAAAAGUGAUCACACAGUGCCAAAACUUCGUAACAAUUUUACUAAAUUAACAACCAGAAACGCCCAGGUCGGGUUUUGGUCGUGCAAUUCCUACAGACCAAGCAUAUAAGGCUGUUUAAAGACACGGUUUUAAAAGUCUUGCUUAUUUAGUGACUGUGUUCGCCGUUCCAAACUGAUAUGAUAAAGUUUUUAAAUCACUGCUAUUUUAUCUGCUUUGAAAUGUCAUCAUAUACUUUUGAUUGCUUUUAUUUCCUUACGACUUCUGCUUCUUGCGUAUUUAAAUACAACUAACAAACUCUGCCAA